AUGGCCUCCUUCGUCACCCGCCGCGCCUUCUCUACCACGGUUCGCCGCUUGGCCCAGGUUGAUGCUCAGUCCAAGCAGCAGCUCACCCAGGAGUCCAAGCGCAACCCCGAACUCAUCAUCCUCGGCGGUGUCAUGGUUGCUGCCCUCGGCGGCGCCGGCCUCUACUUCGGCCGCUCCCCCACCUCCGCCACCUCUGAGAGCCCCGUCCUGAAGGCCGGUAUGCCCUGGGAGACCGAAGGCGAGGGCAAGUACAAGUACCACCCCGGUGGUAACCCCAAGAACGAGCCUAAGGACGCUCCUAGCGCCGUCAACACCGUCAUCAUCCCUGAUGUCACCCUCCCCAAGGAACUGCACGACAAGUACAACAAGUGGGGCAAGGAAGGCUACCCUUAA